UCUCUUUCCACUACAACAAGAUUUAUUAUCUUAUCCCUCUAUCGAUAUCGCUCUGUUCAUGGAAUUGAUCCCUUCUUUUCUCAAUAAAAAGAAAUCUACGUACAGUAGAUUGGGAUCCGAAAAAAAAAAUUCCCUCUUAUCAUCUGCCUUUGUCCUUUGUUUCUUGAUUUUCUUUUCUUUUUUUAGGCUAUUCCGUAUUCGCAGGGUUCUUUUUAAUCUUUUUUCGAGGAAAACUGACAAGAUGCAGACUCACGGAUCAGGAGAUGAUCAGCCCGCCGCAGGAACCUCGACCCAGACCGUCGGGUUCAGACUUCCUCCUUUCUGGGUGUAGUCCGGAUUAUGAUAAAUUAACCGUCAAAGACCGAGCAUAUCCCGAGAAUACGUUCACGACCUAUCUCUUCUACAUAUGUAUGUACGUAUCUUUUUUGUUAAAUUGAUGAUCGGAUUUACUGGACUGUUUUUUGGGGAUCGGCGUUAUCAACUUAUCUUUUUUAAUCCCCUCUUCUCCACCCUUCGGUUAGCUAUUUCAAAUUGUCUACUCCGUAAAGUCCGUGGGUUCGGCGAUGUAACGAUCAAUGACGGAGGGGUUUAGAUCAAAAUCGCCCAGGCGCCAGCAGCCCAACAGCGGCAAAACCCUUAGCUCGGUGGAGGCAAGCUGAUUGCCCCGACCAAUCUGCAGUUAGCUUUUUUACGGUCCAAUCUUGUUACGGCUGUCAUCCCUAGUGCUGGGUCUCUGAGAGGAGUAAUAAAGUAGUCCUCCGGUUUAGGUUAGACUGGGGCAUGCCUGACUCGAGGAUAAUCCGUUUUCAGAUUCUCUACUCCCUACCGCAAUUGGUAUAGUGUGACUAUGUCAC